UGCAACGUCGUGUAUGUGACGUCACUAUCCCCAUAGGCUGUCAUAACAUCACUAGGUCAAGAGCCCAACUGCUGUAUGAAGUAGGCUAAUCGACCGGCAGAGAAGACUUUAUACUUGGCAUUACAUCGCUGCAUCAGUACGGAUCACGUGGACAUUACUACUAGUCCGGAAAUCGUGGAAUAGUCUAUCCACAAAAGCGGAUAUCACGCUAAGUCGAGGAAUAUUGUUCUAUAUAUUUUUGUAAUGUGUAUAUGUGUAUGUGUAUAUGCGAUGUAACUGGAACCUGUUCGGAUUGCAGAUCUCACUUGGCAAAUGCUAUGUGACUUUUACAACGUAAGGUUACAUCGGUCUUGGAUGUAUUACGAUAUCGAAAAUAAAUCAUUGAGUUAAUUCUUAAACUAAGGGCAUGGUCAAGUCAAGAAACGAGAUGACUUUAAGGAUGGAAGCUCCAUUCGAUACACUAUCAAAUGACUGUAUUUGGCCGCGUGAAGAAGGAGCUAACAUGGAGUCCUAUCAACCUGCCAAUCUUCGUUCGACCAAAAGGCGCAGUGCUACUAAACGGCCAGCCAUAACAGAAGAUCCUUCUGCGGCCAGCGAAUCUACGGAUUCGGGUUCCAUAAGUGACGAAAUUACAACUCCCGCCAAACCUAAACAACAAAGAAAGACAGCCAAUGGACGACGUAGAAGAACGGCGCUAAAUGCUCGUGAAAAGAACCUAAGACGACUAGAAAGCAACGAGAGAGAACGCAUGCGAAUGCACAGCUUGAACGAUGCUUUUCAGGCGUUAAGAGAAGUCAUUCCUCAUAUUAGCAUGGAGAGAAAACUAUCGAAGAUCGAAACACUUACGUUAGCUAAGAACUAUAUAAUGGCACUAACUAAUGUUAUUUGCGACAUGAGGGGGGAGAACAGGCCUUACAAAUUACUAGACAGCAAAGAUACUAACAAUAACAACGGAAACGGGAGUGGUGAUCAACAGGGAGCCAUAAACGACGACAGUCCACCAUCCAGCACUAUGGAUUCGACGAUCAGCGAAAUUCUAGACGGCUUCGAUACGGAACAAAUUAAUUUGCAUUUGCAAGCACUGAAUUCACUCUAGCAUCGACAACUUAUAGCUUUAUAAUUAGGGUGAUUUAGGAAAUUGAAGUCAUACAUCUGUCGUCCGUGAUGUUCAGCAUAUCAUCAGUCUAUCACCGUUCCUGCCAAUUGCUAUGUUUUAACAUCAAGACAUGAACAAGCGAGUGCCUGACUGCUAAUCCCCAUUUUUUUUCUUUUUUUUCCUUCUCGUGAUUUCUAUGUUAAUUAGCAACAACUAAACAUGCUCAUUGCUUAAUAAGACUAACACACUAUGUGAGUUGUAGACUAAUGCUGCAAUUUUUAGAGAAUCGAACUUAUUUUGCCAAAAAUUACAAAGGAUGUUCAAUGUAUUCUCAUUGUUAACAAAUGCAAAGUCGAAUAUUAGCACAAUUUAAUUGCGGGCAAUCCAUUUGAUACAUUCCCACUGAACCUGUGAUUUCUCAUAUUGUAUUUUAUUUCAUCUUAGAUAUAAAAAAAACAUAUCUCUAUUAAAAAAAGCACGCAGUUUAACAAAA